UCCUAGAGAAAGCAUGGGGAUACAAAACAAUAACCAGCAUCAUAUUAAUAUUAUUCAUUAAAUAUGAUGACCUGAAAAGAAAAUGAAAUUAAAAAAAUACUUACUCUUUACUGUGUUCUGCCAGACAAUCCUUACUGUUUUUAUGAUCUACAAGGUGACACAAAAAUAUGACAACAUCCAAAAACCAAAGUCUUCGGAACACCAUGUAGUUGAAAAAUAUAUUAUACAGCCGACAUCUAUGAACGGAAAUAACUUUAACAACGGUAAUUAUUCCAAAACAAUUUUCAAUAAUUAUCAUAACUCCAAUAUUGUAUCAAACUGCAUAACUGGUGAUGCAACACGUCGUCGUAACGAAUCAAUCAUGACCAAGGAGUUUACCGAUAGAGGGAGCUCAGGUCAACCCGAAAAUCCAGAAACGCGACAGAGAUCUUUUGAAAUGAUAUUCCGGGAUAAAAUUUGGAUGGGGCACCUUAAGGAUUCCACAUAUUCCGGAUUACAAGCCUCUGGCUUGGGAUCAAACUUAUUUUUUGCCCAAGAAUUUAUGGCAACCCUACACAUUGUAAUGAACUGGAUUAAAGCCCAAACAAAAAGUGACUUAAUUAGUAUAUUGGAUGUUGCCUGCGGUGAUAUGCAAUGGAUGAGUCGAUUUCUCACCACACGUGAUGACGUCAUCUACACCGGACUAGACAUUGUACCCGAUCUAAUAAAUCAUCAUAAGAAAAAUUACGAAAAAUAUAAUUGGAUAUUUGCGACACAUGACAUCACUCUUGAUGUUUUCCCAGGUCGCUAUGACAUCAUUAUCUGUCGCAUGAUGCUUCAGCAUUUAAAACAUCACGAUGCAGUAAGAGCGUUGUCCCACAUGGCAAAUGCCAAAUAUAUACUGCUGACAACAUUUCCCAGAGUUCAAGAAAAUAUCGAUCUUGACUUGGAGCAAUCGGACAAAGGUCGAGUGAGAUUUCUUAAUAUGGAGCUACCACCAUUCAGUUUAGCGCCACCUAUAUGUUUACAGAGGGAUGGACCUAAGAAUGAGAUCAAUCAUUUUGUUGGAUUAUGGCCCCUUCCUCUGAGGCAAAUUGUGAAAUGCAAUUACCAGAAGGUCAAAAUGUCAAACCCAAAUAUGAACGUCUACAGCUGCUAAAACUGUGUUUUUGUCCUUUUGUUUUGUUUUUAUCAUUUGAUUUUAACGUAUUGUGCUUUUGUAAAUUCUUUUUAUCGUCGUGAAAUGGCUAACAUUUUGAAUGGCGUAAGGCUGCCUUUGUCAUCUGAAUUAGAGCACCGCUGAACUGCAGUCUGAUCCAAAUAGUGUUCGGAUUUCGUCGAAUAUAACUGAAAUGAAACACGGUGUCUAUGCAGGCUCCU